GAUCAGGAUGCCACCUCUCCUUCUUUGCUUAGUCAUCCAGCGAUUGAUUGUAAGUGUCGUGAAAGUAGCAGUAACCGUAUUUGCUACAUGCCAAAUGCUCACAACCAUCAUAAGCACACUCUUUAUUGCGACCCUUCUUGUCAAUGCUGUAUUGCUUGCUUUCUGUCUUAUGUACAACAGCACAGAAAGGGGUAUCCAAAUGUGCAAUAUGUAUACAGCCUUCAGUGAAACAUUUGGUAAAUUCAGCCGGUGCAAGCCAAUCAUACAUCUAUGUGGAAUGUUAAGACAUCUCCUUCUAGUGUUCACUUACAAGAGCCUUAUGUUUCUUGUUACGCUUACAGAAUGGAGUACGAUUAGCCUUUACUUCUGUGCAGUUGGGCAUUGCGCAUUCUUUGGAUUUAGGAUCGGCGUCGAGGUCAAUCAUCAUUAUCAAAGCUCCUCUUCUAGCAGGCAAAAUAGGUGAAGUCGAUUGAUUGACAUGGUCCUCAAACAUCAGGUCGUUCAUGUUUACAUUAAGGUAUAUAUGAUCCAACGUACAGAAUCUGUUUCCAAGUGCCACUUUAUGGUUGCAGCCUGGUUCCAUGCAUGUACCAUGUUUAUCGUUGUGGUCAAAUUCAUACUGUAAUUUGAAUUGGCGAUGGUUUUGGGAGCAGUAAGGUGUACCAUCUGCUUUCAAAUUUCUGCAGCCAGGUUCAAUGCAAUAGUCUGGAGUUGUUGCCAUCGUCGUAACUAUUGAAGACUGCAUUGUCGUCAUCGUGAAAAUUAUAUCAUGAUUCAACUUUUUCAGGCGCAAUCACCACAAAUAUAAGCUUUAGGUAUGUCCGUUCUAAGCAAAAUCAUAGAUGAACGUGAGUAGUGUUUAUAGCAUAUACCGCGAAUAACACGGAGAUAGAAAACAUACGCUUCCAAAACAUCAUAACAGAGGAGUUUCCAAUCCAUUACAGAGUAAGAUCUCCUACCCUCGAUGUUCUGGAGGGUAAACUUCCAGAGAUAAGGACCAGAAUCUCUAGUUAUGAGGGCUCCGUGGAGUUGCACUGGGCGCAAGUACGUAUAGCUGUAAGAAACCUGGCUGCUUCUGGUAUUCAAGAGAUAUCUCUGAGGAAGGCAGCUGUUUUGAUGGAGACGUUGUCAUCGCACCUUCAUCCAUCUAGUCAACGCGUGACAUUCACACGUAACACCAGAAGUGAGGUUAUCUAUUAUGUCAACGAACUACGUGCAACAAGGUUGAUCGAAGAUGAGACCUUUUUUUCAUCAGCUUUUGCAAACAAAACGCUUUUAGUCACGCCAUUAAACAAGUAUGAAGUCCAUCAGAUAUGGCUCGAUAGUUCAAAGCGCUUGUCUGGCUUCCCCUUGAUAACGUUCGCUGAUACCCUGAUCAAGCUGGGACGAGUCCACGCGUUAGAGACGAGGUAUUACUGCGCUAGAUAUCAAAUGAUGAAAAGCAUGGCCAAAACUCAAGCUGACGACAAGAUGUCAAAGUCUUUGAUUAGUUGGAAUAGGUCGCUCAUGAAAGACAUCAUUGAUCAAGGAACAAGCGAUGGUCUCCAAUUCAAACAUAUUGAAGUAGACUGUCGCCACACAUUCAAGAAAGAUCAUUGGCCAAGUAACGAGAUCAUGAGCGAAUGGGUCAAAGCCAUUAUACCUGAAGAGCAUCAUCAUAAGAUAAUAAACGUAUUUGAUGACCUGAAUGGCGUUUCGGGAGAAGGGGGUAGUAUGCCCCAAUAUCUAGCAAGUAGACCAUGGCACACGUUGCACUUGUUCGCAGGUGAUGACCGACUGUCAAGAGAUGUCGAUUCGUUAGAAGCAUCCUAUGCAAUUCUGCAAAAUAAUGGCUCGACUGCGGUCAGUCUUUCCACCAGCCCAUAUCAUUUAUGUGAAAUGCCAGCUGCUUACAAGGAGCUGAUGGAUAAUAACAGUGGUGUCGAAAGGCUCCUCAGCGACCUUUCUGUGCUUUCUAUCCACGAAAAACCUUUAUUGUUCCCUAGAAGGAUAACCCCUGCAAGCAAAGUCACCGAAAUAGCAUUGGAUUGGUCUUCCAAGUUCAUGACGGUGAUCAAAUCUAUUUGCGACCAACGCACAAGAAAGGCGGCUGGUGGUGAGAUAGGAUCGCUAGAAAUGGAUACUGAAGGAGAAGCGAUCGUUAUUUUUGAUGACGAUAUGAUUGUCGACUUGGACGAUAAUUCCGAUGAUGAUAUCACGGUGAUUAAUUCUGAUAUAAACGAUGAAAAAAUCUCUCAAUCAAUCCAAAUCAAAAAGGUUGUGGGUAAAUCAGCAUUUGAAUGUCUUUCAAGGACGACCGGUAUUGUUGAAGAUGACUGCGAUUGCUCGUCAUGUCGCGACAUCCUCACAGCUAGAUCCGAGAAUAUCACUCACGGCGAAUUGUGCAUAUGUAAUACUGGAAAAUGUGCUAAGACGUGCAAGCGUAUUAAAAAUGUGAAAGCUGUGGUAAGGCAAUAUACAGAGGCGAUCAUUGUUAUGAACACACUAUCAAAUCGCGCGCUGAAAAGUUCAACAGAGAUACCACGUUGAAAAAUUGCGAACACAAGGGAUGCACAAACAGACAUUCUCUAAAUUCGCAAUUCUGUGCAAUCCACCGCGACCAUCAAUUGCAACACAGACGUGAUGUGGAAGCUAUGACCGACGUAUGUCUAAAGGAGUCUUGUCAACACAGGAGCGCGUAUGGGAAUGACUAUUGCUAUCAUCACAGGCAUAUUCCACGUCAAAACAUCAUAAAUAAAGUAGCGACUCUAUCGAAGUGCAAGAUUCCAGACUGUCAGCACAAGUGCUGGAAGAAUACCCCAUACUGCUAUGUCGUACACAACCGAUUCGCUACGCAGUAUAUCUGUGAUGAGAAUCCUUCGCUUCAAAAGUGUAUGAUCAAGAACUGCAACCAUAAGCAAUAUGCGAAUACACCUUUCUGCUUCUUGAAGCAUAUGGCAAAUCGUUCACGCUAUAAGAGAUUCAUGGAAACUGACAGAGUGUCACAAUGCUGCGUACAGUCUUGCGAGGAGCAGGCUAGCAAUGACAGUCCUUAUUGUGUGCAAGCACACAACAAUUUGGUAAGUAUAAACACUAGAUGAUAGGGUUAACACGCGAUGAAGCGAGAGCAGUGCCUGAUCAACAAUGAGAACACCCUGGGCAACUGUCAUGAACCUAAUUGCGACAAUAGAGUUUCAGACACAGAGCUGUUCUGCAAAUUGCAUGGAAAUAAGAACGAGCAAGGCUUCUACGAGCAAAACACAGAUAAUUCGGUAUGCAUUCACGCUGAAUGUGACAUGAAGAACAUUCAAAUAGCUCCCUUCUGUAUCGAGAGUCACUUCACACAAGCGAAAGCUUACGUGUCUUACAUCAACUCUGCUAAAUGUGAAAUGGAAGGGUGUAAAGAGCGCGCUGAAAGUGAUGUACCUUAUUGCGCUAGCAGGCACAAGCAUCGUAAUUACCAGUGGAAACGCGAUCAAGACGUUACCCUAGAGAAAUGUGCAGUACCCAAUUGUUCUCACAGGGCAAAGAGAGGGUGGGUCUACUGUGUACUCUCGCAUCAUCACUUGGUGGGUGAAACUUCUCGAUUUGUUUAGUUGGUUUUCUACACCACACAGGAGAGACAUUUUCGACAAAGUAGAGCAAAUAACACCCCCCCCAUGUGCCAUGAAAAGAUGCACAAAGGCCAGCUCUGGUGACACAAUAUUCUGUACAGCAUCGCAUAAAGACUGGGUUGCGGAGGAAAGAGCUAAGCCUGGCACAAACUAUUGCGAGAUUCCAGUUUGCCCCUUGAAAGCGACAGGCAGAGGUCCUCACUGCAACAUAUACCAUAGUAGAGAAAAUACUCAGUUUUUCCUCGACAGAGAUGUAACUAAACCAAUAUGCUCCGCAGAAGGCUGUGAUUAUCAUACUAACGAAGACGAACCAUUCUGUGUGCUUGGACAUUACACUCAGCUCAAGACGUUCCGUAAUAAUAAACGUCGUCCUGCUGAAAAUCCUGAAGCCGGUACAAGCGCUGGACCAUCGAAAGUGGCCAGAAGAAACUAAAGCUCUGACUUGGCUGGCUGUUAUAUUUGAAAUUGUAAUAUUGCUAUUUAAUGUGAAAAAUUGC